AUGACGGAGAGUGAGAAGGCCGAAACCACACAAGUUUAUCAGAUGAAUGCGUGGAAUUCAACUCUGUUUUCGGAGGACGAGAGAGUCCAAUGGAGCACGAGGUUGAAAAUCAUUGUUGUGUCAGGAAAGGGGACUUAUGAAUUCACCACUGUUUGGAAGGAGGCUAGAAAGGCUGCGGAAAAGUUUCUCAUAGAGAAACACUCCUUCUCCUUUGGCAAAGUGCAAGAUCAGAAGUUCAUUGAAAGUGUUAAACAAUUCCCGUGUUUAUGGGAUACGCGACUGACCACCUACAAAUGCAACGAAACCAGGGGUGCAGCUUGGGAAAUUAUAAUAAAAGACAAUGGUAUCAAGGACGUACAAACUGCUAAGGCGAAAUGGAAAAAAAUGCGUGAUAAUCAUCGCGACGCAAUUAAAAGACAAAAUUCUACCAGAAGUGGCCAGGCGGCAAAACAAAUCACCAAAUGGAAGUAUCAAAAAAUAAUGGAGUUUUUGCUACCAUUUAUGCAAAAUAGAAAACGAACCUCAAAUUUCAGAGAUGAUUCAGAAUCUUAUGACGAUGAUACACAAAUGUCAGCCACGUUAAAUACCACAUUAAAUACUGCAGGCGAUCAAAUGUCAAACGAUUCAGAGCUAAUUCAAUUAGAAGACCUUCUUUCGAAUGAUCAUACACAAUCUACCCAAUCUUCCGGCUUUUCUUCAAAAUCUAAGAACAGAAAAUUGGGCGAUGGCUCCGAACUGCUUAGUCAAUUUCAAAGUAAUAACGAGCAGCGAACGAAGGAACGGGCUGAGUUAAAAGAGAUUCUUACAGCAUCCGAUGAUUUCGAUCAUUUUUUCCUCGCCAUAUUACAGCUUAAAGUGAAACGCACUGCAAUGACUGCUUUAAUGGAAGCCGAAGAAAUAAAUGAAGAAAACUCUUGGACCAAUCAAUAUGGUCCACCGCACAGAGCACCGUACGGUUAUUCCACAGCAGCUCAUACAGAAACAGUCACUUCGCAAACACAUGAAAACACACAAUCAUCAUCACUAAACAUUACAGAACAUCUGUAGUCUGUCUCCACCACCUCCUCCACCUGGAACUGAUAAUGAGCAACUUUGAUCGACCAUUAUAACCAAUCAUUCUAGUUUUUGUUGAUUUUUUUAAUAUUUAGAAUAGUUUUUAAUUAGUAAUUAUU